AUGACGACAUUUUCGACAUUGGAUGCGUUGAUGAGUCUAACCCAAUCCAUCCCGGAUUGGAACAAACGUCUAGACGACUUGAACGGCCAAAUAGCUUUACGACAAAUCGAGCUUGCCCGCUUGACCGAUCAGAAACCUGCACGCUCCGUGAAAAAUAAAGGGUCAACCGAAUCACUCCGACCCAAGGAUGGCGAAGAAGCCAUCACCGAAUCCGAAAAGCCCAAGCAAACCCCCUCCUCUCCCAUCGGCUCCCCCAAAUCCGCACAAAAUGGUUUCUCCUCCGACGCCCGACCCAAUUCUCCAUCCGUAGCUCGAGCUGCUGCCGCCGCCGCCCUCGAAUACAACCAAUCCCCCUCUCAAGCGGCCCCCCAAUCGCCCGAGCCCCUUACACCCCGAGCAUCUCCCAACGCUCUAACUCGGCAAUCCUCGCAACCUACACCCCCCACCGAACCCCUCCCACGAGCCCCUGCCGUCCUUCGAAAACGCAAAACAGAAUCCCUCGCAUCGGGAAACUCACACGCUCCAAAAUACAGAACCAGAUCUAUGAUCAUAGUAUACUACGACAGCGCGGUGCAGACCGCAUUUGAAGAACUCGUCAAAUUUGUAAGCGGAAAUCGGAAUGCCAUGCGAAAGGGGAAAAUGGCCGCCAAGAUGGCCGAAAUGCGACGCGCGGCUGAAAUGGAAGCCGAGGAAGAAAGCGACGAUGAAUCCGAAUCCGAGGCGUCAAAAGUCCUGGGUAGUGCGUUACUCAAGCCUUCGUUGCAAUCUGACGCAACUCCAAAUGGUACGAAUGGAGAUACUCCCUCGGGAACAAAACUCAACUUCCCAUCGUCGAGAAAGAUGGGGUCGACGCGCGAUCGCAAGAAUAUCGGAAAUACGAUGAAUGUAUUGCGAGGGUAUCGUCGCGCGGGCGGGGGCAGUGAAGGAGCGGGAAAUUCUCCGAAUAUAUUCGAUGAGCUGGAUAAGGGCCUUGAAUGGUGUCAGGGACAGUGCGAACAUGCUGCUCACCAAUUUCUGCGCGAUGGGGAGUGCAGCACCGAGAUUGAGAAUAUUAAGAGGAGAUUGGGGGAGGUGAGAGAGAUUGCCAAGAGGAAGAUUGGGAAGUUGAGAGAGGAGGAAGCGCUGCAAUUGGAAUUGGAGAGGGAGAGGGAAAAGAAAAAUGAAAAUGAGGUUUCGAAAGAGGAGUCACUUGUUAAUACAUCGAAAUCUAACCCAGCAAUUACCCCGGUCUCUAAUGGACCAGUAGAGUUGGAGGUCGAUGAUGCGAUGGAAGUGGAUGAUGAUGAUGGUGAUGGUGAUGAUAAUAAUGACGGUUUUGAUCCGAGGAAAUUGAUCUUUAAGCGAUCCGGGGAUAGGAUGCCUUGA